AGUUGUUCUUAGCUGCAUCCUAGAAUCAGGGGUUUCGGCUCACUGUUCCCUUCCUUUCUGCCUUCCUUCCUUCUUUUUCUUUCUGCCUUUCUUUCCCUGCCCCACCCCCUCCCAAUAAUUGAUUUACUUUACAGUCAUCCACACUGUGUUUUGUGGAUCUUCAGAGAUUAGAUAGAUAGAUAGAUAGAUAGAUAGAUAGAUAGAUAGAUAACAAUAGUAGUCAUUUUUAAAACAUAUUCUGAAAGCUUUGCAAAUUUUAAGAGAAGAGUCGAAGCUCUACGAGAUCCAAUAUUUGCCAAUAAGAAUGGUUAUGAUAAUCAGCACCAUGGAGCCUCAGGUGUCAAAUGGCCCAACAUCCAAUACAAGCAAUGGACCCUCCAGCAACAACAGAAACUGUCCUUCUCCUAUGCAGACAGGCACAGCCACAGAUGACAGCAAAACCAACCUCAUCGUCAACUAUUUACCCCAGAAUAUGACCCAAGAGGAGUUCAGGAGUCUCUUUGGGAGCAUUGGUGAAAUAGAAUCCUGCAAACUCGUGAGAGACAAAAUUACAGGACAGAGUUUAGGGUAUGGAUUUGUUAACUAUAUUGAUCCAAAGGAUGCAGAGAAAGCCAUCAACACUUUAAACGGACUCAGACUCCAGACCAAAACCAUAAAGGUGUCAUAUGCCCGUCCGAGCUCGGCCUCUAUCAGGGAUGCUAACCUCUACGUUAGCGGCCUUCCCAAAACCAUGACCCAGAAGGAGCUGGAGCAGCUUUUCUCGCAAUAUGGUCGUAUCAUCACCUCACGAAUCCUGGUUGAUCAAGUCACAGGAGUAUCUAGAGGGGUGGGAUUCAUCCGCUUUGAUAAGAGGAUCGAGGCAGAAGAAGCCAUUAAAGGGCUGAACGGCCAGAAGCCCAGCGGUGCUACAGAACCGAUUACUGUGAAGUUUGCCAACAACCCCAGCCAGAAGUCCAGCCAGGCCCUGCUCUCCCAGCUGUACCAGUCCCCCAACCGGCGCUACCCUGGUCCUCUCCACCAUCAGGCUCAGCGGUUCAGGCUGGACAAUUUGCUUAAUAUGGCCUAUGGCGUAAAGAGACUGAUGUCUGGACCAGUCCCCCCUUCUGCUUGUCCCCCCAGGUUUUCUCCAAUCACCAUUGAUGGAAUGACAAGCCUUGUGGGAAUGAACAUCCCUGGUCAUACAGGAACAGGCUGGUGCAUCUUCGUCUACAACCUGUCCCCUGAUUCCGACGAGAGUGUCCUCUGGCAGCUUUUUGGCCCCUUUGGCGCAGUGAACAACGUCAAGGUCAUCCGUGACUUCAACACCAACAAGUGCAAGGGAUUUGGCUUUGUCACCAUGACCAACUACGACGAGGCAGCCAUGGCCAUCGCCAGCCUCAACGGUUAUCGCCUAGGAGACAGAGUGUUGCAAGUUUCCUUUAAAACCAACAAAGCCCACAAGUCCUGAAUUUCUCACCCUUACUUAUUAAAAUAUAUAAAUAUAUACGAACAAAACAUGAGUGCACACACAUACACAAAAGAGAGAGAAACAAAACUUUUCAAGGCUUAUAUUCAACCAUGGACUUUAUAAGCCAGUGUUGCCUAAGUAUUAAAACAUUGGAUUAUCCUGAGGUGUACCAGGAAAGGAUUUUAUAAUGCUUAGAAAAAAAGAAAAAAAAAA